CAUCUCUGAAUUCAUUCGGUCUUGACUUUCUGCAGAGGCCUCUUUCCUUGAGGAUGGAAAGAUCGAAAGACAGAGAGAUAGCUCGGAAUCGGAUUUUCUGGCACCAUUGAUAGGAGGCACUCAAAGCUUACCACCUAAAAGAGCGAGACGAAGGAGACGGGAAGGAAUGCUCACAAGGAAAGUGGGCUGCUGUCAAGCUCUCUUUUCUUCCCUCUCGUUCCUUAGAUCGAAUCUACAGACUGGCAGGCAUAGCCCAUCCCCAUCCGUUCAUCCCAUCUGUGGCUUGUUCCCAGCUGCUGUCUAUUGUCCCAAGCUACUGCGGCUACGUAGUCUAGUACUCAUACUACAACCACUAGUGCCUCUUCUCCAACUACUAAAACAUCUAUCUGCUGCACUGCUGCUGCUUCGUCUGCCCAGUCUAUGGCUGGGUGUGUGGGCAGUGUGGGGUCUAGGUAGGGCUGUUGCAUAUGUCAGUCAGUUGAGUUCCUGGUAUCAGAGCUUGUGUCUGACAUCCGGUACCACGGUACUGUACUACGGCCCCCACACCAUCACUCAUCGAUGGAGGGGCCAUAGCCGAUUUUGGUGGGGGUGCAAGAGAGCAGUGUUGAGUCCAGCUGACGUUGAGUUAUGCUCAAGCUCAAGGUGCUUUUGAGUGCUGCGCUCGACGUGGCACCUUUCCUGGGCCUCGAGCUCGUGGAAUUUCGUCCGCUGGGUGCCGACGUUUCUUUUGUUGUCGGGAUAUAAACAAUGUUGCUUCUUGCUGCUCAGUAAUCAUCUGUCUGUCCUCGGGGGUGGAGGUCUUAUAUGGCUCCGGAGAUUUUCCCGAUGGCUUAUGAAAAAGGGAUGCGGAUAUGAGCACAGUGUAGAUGGGGGUGGGGGUGGGGAUGGGGUGGGGGAGUGACUUUUCGGUUCAUCCUCGACCGCUUUCGCGGCUCUGAUGUUCUUUGUGAGGAAUAUUUGAAGGUCAUCGAGCGACGAAUGAGAACAAUUCGAGGAGAUGGUCACUCUUAACAGUGGGGCAUGGUUUGGCGCCUUUUGAGGGAGUCCGGACCUUGGCAACUGAGGCUACUGUGAUGCAAGGCGUGCUGUGCAUUGCGCUAUCAAUAACCUGACGUGCUCUGCUGCUGAUUCUUUCUCAUCGGCAUGAUCUCGGUUGGUGUCACUCCUUUGGCUGCUUCUUUGGCGAAUGAGAGUCACAGCAUGGAUAUUUUGUUCGCCACCACCUACAAGCUCCCAUUCCGAACAUAAACCCUCGAAGAAACUGAGCCACAAAUAUGGACAAAGACCUCUCAUGUGAACGAGAGGGAACUCUGAGAUCCGAAAGACAAAAAUGGUCGAGAUACGCGGCACAUAUACGCUGACUCCAGACACUGGGGCAGCUACCCACGGUCAAAACUGCUUUACUAGACGAGAAACAGGUGAAGAGAGCACCUGUUCCUGGACAGUAACCGUCAUGAAUGGUCGAGAUGUACACUAAUCACAGGUUCUAUCUAAGCUGAGGUCUUAUCUGAGCUGACCGUACGAGAGUAAAGGCUAAGACGAGAGAAUAUGCGAAAUGCGUGCCAGACUAGUGAGUGCUAGCAAGAGUCGAUGGCGAGAGAGUGUAGUGUGGCUAGGACCAACAAUUUGGAUGAGUAGGGAGAGACUCUGUAAGGCAAUAUCUUCACACUCAAGUGGUACGUUCUCGCUUUCUCACGCCUGGAUAUGGACGGACGGAUGGAUGGAUGGGUGAGGACGUGUAUGACGAUAAAAAGCAGCAGAUUCAUUCCACUUCAAAUUGUGUGGACGAUGUUGAGAAUAGAGUCACGACGAUUUCAUUGUUUGUAGCAACAAAACUCAGGUGACUACACCUAGCACUUCAUGUACCUUAUGGUACAUCUCUGUAUGUUCAUAAAGUGUGCAGACAGUCAAAUGUAUUCACCACCAAAGUCGCAAUGAUUCAGUGCAUGGAUACAAUCCAGGUCAACCCAGUUGCC